AUAAAUUUUGUUAGUGACAAUAUAAAAUAAUUGAUAACGCCCACGCUUUCAUAAACAAGAUGGCACCGGAAAGUUUACGGAAAUUAGUAGAAGACAUCGCCAAAGAGAACGAAUAUGAAAAUCCAAAUAUAACUAUAAACCCAAUAUCUACCGGUGGUGCUAAUUAUUCAUCAGAACUAUUCACGAUCACUGUAUCCAAGUCUGGCAAGGAAGAUCUUCAUCUGUUCGCUAAAGUUAUCAUCAUUAAUGAGACAAUCCGUUCGCAAAUGCCAGCCGCAAUUUUCGAUGUCGAAAGAUUAAUCUACGUUGAAUUAUUAAAAAAAUACGAGGACAUAGAAAUUGCACAUGAUGUACCACUUACAAGGAGAUUAGUUGUGCCCAAAUACUACGGCUGCAACCCGAAAAUAUUUGAAGAAUCCAUAGUUCUUGAAGAUCUAAGUAAAAAAGGUUACACCACGUACGACAGAUUUAAACCUAUAAACUGGGAAUAUGCUGCGGGAGCUGUAGAAUCACUAGCUAAGUUUCAUGCCUUGUCAAUAGCAUAUAGUGAAGAGAAUCCAGAAGAAUUCAAAGCAUUUGUAGAAAAGACAGAUUUUCAAAAAGAAAUGUUUGUAGGAAUGCUGCAUCAAAUGUAUGAACAACGCAUACAAACUACUUUAUCUGUAACAGCAGAGAAACAUAAAGAUAAACUACAAAAAUAUCUGGAAACUCAUGUGAACAUAGAAGCUAUUAUGAAUAUUAGCCAGUCUUCACAACGACGCGUUCUCUGCCACGGAGACUACAGACCGAGUAAUUUAAUGCACAAAUACAAUGAGGAUGGUACCAUUCACGUGAUACCCGUAGAUUUUCAAACAAUACAAUGUGACUCUCCACUAUACGACCUGAUAUAUUUCAUCUUCACGGGAUCUGACGAAAAGUUUCGGCGGGAGCACUUCCAAGAUCUCACCGACCAUUAUUAUCAAGAGUUGAGCAAUGCUCUGCGCUCUCUGAAACUUAAUCCUGAUGUCAUUUAUCCAAAGACAGCCUUUGAACUCGAGUUAAAAGAGUAUUUACCAUACGGUCUCUUAAUUGCUAUCAUUGGUCUUCCCAUCAUCACCGUGGAUGUAGACAAUGCUCCGUCUAUGCAGGGCGAUGGUGGUUUCGAAGUCUUCUCAAUGGCCAAGACCAGCUCUCUUUACCCAGAGAGAAUGAACGGUGUCAUCAAUGACUACUUCAGAUGGGGCAUCAUCGAAUAGAAUAAUCUGCUUUAUGGAAACAUACAACACUUAAAAUUUGAUCAUCAUGUAUAAAUAUAUAUAUGAGUAUAUACAAGUUUGUACGAUUAAAUAAACAUCAACUAAAAAUUAUUCUGUAAUAAAUCUAUUUCUUACGCAUAUUUUAUGUAAAUUUAUCCCAGAAAAAGUUGAUUUUAUAAAAAAGAUUACACGAAAUGGUUGCUCAAAAAAGAAAACACUCUUCCGGCUUCUGUCAGACUGGAGAAAUACAAUCUUGGACUCUUCAAAUCAAUGUAUUUACCAUACGGUCUCUUAAUUGCUAUCAUUGGUCUUCCCAUCAUCACCGUGGAUGUAGACAAUGCUCCGUCUAUGCAGGGCGAUGGUGGUUUCGAAGUCUUCUCAAUGGCCAAGACCAGCUCUCUUUACCCAGAGAGAAUGAACGGUGUCAUCAAUGACUACUUCAGAUGGGGCAUCAUCGAAUAGAAUAAUCUGCUUUAUGGAAACAUACAACACUUAAAAUUUGAUCAUCAUGUAUAAAUAUAUAUAUGAGUAUAUACAAGUUUGUACGAUUAAAUAAACAUCAACUAAAAAUUAUUCUGUAAUAAAUCUAUUUCUUACGCA